GCUAUCUCCUGCCCAUUGCCAACCCAUAGAUCUGUGGCAACCUCCCAUCCUAUAUAAACGUACCAUUCAACCUCACUCCUCACCACAUCCUACUACUGCUACUAUCACUGUGUUAAUUCGGGCAUUGGUUCAGCUACUUUUGCUCCACUGCCGCUGUUGGUAUCAUGGUGAUACGAUUCUUCCUGAUAGCUUGCUCCUUGGCGGCCAUCGCCACGGCAGGCAACUUCUACCGGGACUUCGACAUCACCUGGGGUGACGGCCGCGCGAAGAUCCUCGAGGGCGGCCAGCUCCUCACCCUUACCCUCGACAAGACCACCGGUUCGGGAUUCCAGUCCAGGAACGAGUACCUCUUUGGCAAGAUCGACAUGCAGAUCAAGCUCGUGCCCGGUAACUCCGCCGGCACCGUCACGGCUUACUAUUUGUCCUCGCAAGGGCCGACGCACGACGAGAUCGACUUCGAGUUCCUGGGCAACCUCAGCGGCGAUCCGUACACUCUCCACACCAACGUGUUCACCCAGGGAAAGGGGAACAGGGAGAUGCAGUUCAAGCUCUGGUUCGAUCCCACCAAGGAUUUCCACACCUACUCCAUCCUCUGGAACCCAAGACAUGUCAUCUUCAUGGUGGACGGCACGCCAAUCCGAGACUUCAAGAACCUGGAGUCGAGGGGCAUCGCGUUCCCCAAGAACCAGCCCAUGAGGAUCUACUCCAGCCUCUGGAAUGCCGACGACUGGGCGACCAGAGGCGGGCUGGUGAAGACCGACUGGUCCAAGGCGGCGUUCACGGCGUCGUACAGAGACUUCAGGGCUGACGCUUGCGUUCCAUCUUCUGCCGCCUCCAGGUGUGCUUCCAACGCGGCUCCCGGCAACAGCGGGUGGUGGAACCAGGAGCUGGACUUGACAGGCCAACAGAGGAUGAAGUGGGUGCAGAGGAACUACAUGGUCUACAACUACUGUAGUGACCUCAAGAGGUUCCCUCAGGGCCUGCCGCCAGAGUGCUCCAUUGCCUGAGAGAGAGAGAGAGAGAGAGAGAGAGGAAGCACUGUUAUUCUUUGAUUGAUUUUAAUCUUCUUAUGUAGGCUGCUGAUAAAUAUUCCAUAUUCUCUCUCUCUCUUUAUCUCUCUUUUUA